AUGACCAACAACUUCGAGAGGGUCCUUGGCAAAGGUGGAUUUGGAACAGUUUAUCAUGGCUACAUGGAACAUACUCAAGUAGCUAUAAAGAUGCUUUCACCAUCAUCUGUUUCUCUUCUUAUGAGAGUUCAUCAUAAAAACUUGACAAGCCUUGUCGGAUAUUGCAAUGAUGAAACCAACGUAGGGCUUGUCUACGAGUAUAUGGCCAAUGGAAACUUAUUAGAUCAUCUUUCAGGUUUGGCUGCAAUUGAACUUAAGUACAUAUCAAGUAUCUUGACUUGGGAAGAUAGACUUCGAAUAGCAACAGAUGCUGCACAAGGGUUGGAGUAUCUGCACUGUGGUUGUAAGCCACCGAUAAUGCACAGGGAUGUAAAAUCAACAAACAUCUUGCUGAAUGAAAAUUUCCAAGCUAAAAUAUCUGAUUUUGGCCUAUCCAGAAAACUCCUUACUCAUGAUGGAACUCAUGCAUCCAGCCUUCUUGCUGGCACUCCUGGCUACCUUGAUCCUGAGUUCUACCUAUCAAACAGGUUAAAUGAGAAAAGUGACGUUUAUAGCUUUGGGGUUGUGUUGUUGGAGAUUAUCACAUGUAGACCGGUUAUAACGAGGACACAUGAGAGAAUUCACAUUAGUCAAUGGGUUGGUUUCAUGCUAGCAAAUGGUGACAUUAACAGCAUUGUCGAUCCGAGGUUGGAGGGAAAUUUCAAUACCAACUCCGUCUGGAAAGCUGUGGAAAUAGCAAUGGCAUGUGUAUCCACAAAUGCAAUCAAAAGGCCUAGCAUGAGUCAGGUGGUGGUGGAUUUGAAGGAGUGUUUGGCAACAGAGUAUGCUCGAACAAAACAUAGCCGUGUAGGUCAAUUUGAAAAUCCCAAUGGGUUAAUGCCUGACAAUUCGAUCGCUAGGCUAACCCCCUCUGUCAGGUAGUACUAGUACUAGUACAUG